UGUUGUAAUGGUCAUAGCACCAAAGAUUGCACUGUCAACGUCAAACAAACGCCCCAAAAAACUGAUUAAAAGACAGCUUUAAAAAACUAAAGAAAUAUGGACGACGACGUGUUGACAACUUUGAAAAUAUUGAUAAUUGGUGAGAGUGGUGUCGGAAAGUCAAGUCUUCUCCUGAGAUUCACAGACGAUACUUUUGACCCAGAACUAGCAGCAACCAUAGGUGUGGAUUUCAAAGUCAAAACAAUUGCAGUGGAUGGGAACAGAGCCAAGCUUGCUAUUUGGGACACGGCAGGACAGGAGAGGUUCCGGACCCUGACGCCCAGCUACUAUCGUGGUGCACAGGGAGUCAUACUAGUGUACGAUGUCACUAAACGGGACACGUUCACGAGGCUGGAGAACUGGCUGAACGAACUGGAGACGUACUGCACACGGAAUGACCUCGUCAAAAUGCUGGUCGGGAACAAGAUUGAUAAGGAGGAAAACCGUGAAGUUGACAGAAACGAAGGCCUUAAGUUCGCAAGGAAACACUCCAUGCUUUUUAUUGAGGCCAGUGCUAAAACCAGGGAUGGUGUCCAGUGUGCCUUCGAGGAGCUGGUGGAGAAGAUUCUCCAGACCCCAGGGCUUUGGGAAAGCGACACCCAGCCCCGGGGCGUCCAACUGGGGGACAAGGAGCAGCGCGGGGCGGGGAGCUGUGGAGGAUACUGCUCCGUACUGUAAACUGGAACCAACCCAAACGGCAUACUGGAAACCAGAAACUGAGAAGAAUAUUAAGAGUCCGUUAAUACCGUGUGGGUUCUGAGACACGACAAGGUAUCAUCUGUACCUUCUGAGGUCUUGGUCCAAAAGGGACUUUGCAGUUUGCACACUUCCUGUACCGCCAGUCAGUUGUCACAGUGCAUUACGUCGUGUUGAAAACAUGGUCGAUAUUCAUCAUGUAUAAAAUAUCACGCUAAAUGAGGUUCAUUGUUUUAUCUAUCAAGUUUGUUGUUAACCACACCAAGUCACAUAUACGUCUUGUCAAACACAUCAUGGUGAAAUGGUGAUUUUCCUCUCUACAAUAUAAUAUUGUAUACAUUCGGCUACACGUUUAUGCAAUACAGUAUGAAUAUGAUCACUACAUCAUGUCAAAUAACUACCAAGUUAUACCGCAAAUACCUUUUUGCUAUUUAUGUCAAGUCCUCUGCUUGAUGAGUAGAUCUGCAUGCCUUAACCAUGGUUACCAUAGGACCAAUAGAUGAAGGGAGUGAGGGUUCAGAACUUUCACACGCCUUCAUUUAGUCUUAGCUAGUGUUUAUAGGCCUAUAGCCCCCCCCCGUAAGCAGUUCAUAACAGCUGACAUAGGCGUUCAUCACCACACAUUGUGCUCCUAAAGAAAAUAUGUCACGUAAUAUAUUUUAUUAAACUUCCAUUUAACAUGGAAGGCAUGUGUACGCUUCGCAGUUGGUUUUACCAAUGUAUCCCACUGGUUGACAACAAUUAUCAUUUUUAUCCCCUUCCAUUUUAUUUACUUGGUAAUUUCUCUAUUCCAAGCUGCUAAAUAUUUAUAGGAUAAUUUUUUUCCACUUUUUAGUUCCUGAUGUGGGAAGCUAAUUUUAAACGCUGUUGAAUAUUGCCGAUUUUUAAUACGGGGUUGCGCGCUACAUGCAAUGUAAUACGUCUUGGCAAGCGCUGUCCAUGUAGCUGCAGUGUUCGUAUAGCCUAGUGAUGUGCAUGUUCAUAGCUGUCACUGGCUCAAAUGUUGAAGGGGGAAAAAAAAGUUACAUCGUGUUUAUUAUUAAAGCUGUUGCGAUUUAUAAAGGCUUUUUCUUUAAUUCACCAAAGCUUGGUUUCAUUCUGACCUAGCUGGUCCUUCAAUCAAGCCUUCUUAUUAAAUAAUGGUCAUCAGUUCAAGCACGCUUAGGAAUGUUCAUUGGAUCCUGUGGUCUGGAAAAGUGAUGAAUUACGUGGAUCAGUCCAACAGGUUUCUCUCCUCCAGCCUGUUCGACAGAGAUGUUUAUGUAUUCCCUUGUCUCCUGCCUAGUUAAAUGGUCCACUCCAUCAGUUAUUACACACCCGAGUCAUGUCACACCACAUACGUACAUGCACAAACUCGUUGUCAAGACAGAUUUGAGUCUUGGGGCAUUAUAUAUGUAGCAAGAUAUACAGUAUGUUGGUUGCAUGUUUGCUAUUUGUUUCCCAAAUUUUUUUGGUUUUGAAUUUGAAAUAAUUAUCCUCUUAUUUGUUGUAUUUUCAAUUUUUGUCUGACCUUUUUUAAGUAGGCGUGUUUGCUAUCCAAGAAUCCCCUUAUGAAUAUCUAUGCCUUAACAUUCAAAUGACACUUGUAAGUGGUGUUGUGCUCAGUCAUAACAUGGAUAUUUGUAUUAUUUCAAACUGAAAUAAAAGACAAUCUGAAGAAGA